UAGUAAGGCGAUCAGAGUGCUGCAAUGCAAUGGAAAGAAAAACGCUAUUCAGUUUAUGCAGCUGUUAAAUAUAUUUAAGAUUUAUUUUGACCCUGCAUUGGAUCAGUCCAGAUUUGACCGAACACACCCCCCCUUUUUUAGCUCAAAUAACGGGAACCCUAAAUCCGUAAUAGGAGGUAGCUAGAAUUAAAUAUUAGGUAGUAUAAUAGAAAAAUACGUUUACUGUAUAUCGCUAAAUCAAGACAAUGUCCGUCGCGUUUGCUUCGGCUCGGCCAAGAAGUAAAGGAGAGGUGACACAACAAACUAUACAAAAGAUGCUUGAUGAAAACCAUCACCUGAUUCAAUGUAUUAUGGACUACCAAAGUAAAGGCAAAACAGCAGAAUGCACUCAGUAUCAGCAGAUAUUACACAGAAAUCUGGUCUAUCUUGCUACAAUAGCAGAUUCAAAUCAAAACAUGCAGUCAUUGUUGCCUGCUCCCCCAUCCCAGAACAUGAACGUGGGGCCUGGAGGAAUGAGCCAGAGUGCCAGUGCCCAGGGUCUUCAUUCCCAGAGCAACCUGAACGACAGCAUGUCCUCCAGCCUGCCCACCGCCUCACUCAUGCAGGGUCAGAUCACCAAUGGCCCUAGCCACACUGCUAUCCAGUCUUCAGGUCAAACAGCUCUCCCUCCAACCUCCAUGAGCCUGCCAGUCAGCAGUCAUGCUCCAUCAGCUGGGUACAGCCAGGCGGUGUCGUCUUCACAGGGUGUUCCAAUGCAGAGUCAGGGCCAGUCCAUGGGUAGCUACACCUCCCGUGGCAACCUCAACUUGCCCUCCAGCCAAGUAACGAUGAUGCACCAGCAGGCGGCGACGUCCCAUUACUCCUCUGCUCAGGCCGGGAGUCAGCACUACCAGGGGCCUCAGCCAAUGGGGAUGCUCAGCCAGGGUAACCAAGGAAACAGCAUCAUGGCGCAGAGACCCAUGGCAUCGUAUCGCACUUCACAAGGAUCCGCUCUGCAGUACACUGGACAGGACGAAUUCUACGGGGAACCAUAUGGCCACAGUCAGAGCUCCAACGAGCCCAUUAACCAGCAGUAUUACUCUGAUGGUACCGUAACAACUGCAAGCCCCCUACCUGACAAGCCCAGUCACCACAGCAGUCACGGGGAGUAUUCAUACCAGCAGUCCUCCUACGGUGAGCCUGGAUAUGAGAGGAGCUUUGAGGAGUCCUCACAGCAUUACUAUGAAGGAGGAAACAGUGCACAGUACAGUCAGCCACAGGCCUCCUACCAGCAGAGCUCCAGCCAGCAGCAGCCUUUCAGCCAGCAGCAGUAUCCCACACAGCAGAACUAUGGCGGGCAGCAGCAGGCCUACGGCCCGGGGCAGGCAGCGUCCGCGCAGUACUCCAGCUACCAGGCGGGCCAGGGCCAGCAGUACAGCUCGUACCGUCCCUCCCAAGCCACGCCCAGUGGACAGACGCAGAGACCCUAUGCCUAUGAUCAGAGCCAGUAUGGAAAUUAUCAGCAGUGAUUCGCCAAAAGCUCCAGCAGCAGUCGUUCCACAGAGUUUUCACCUCAAAACCAUUUCGACAUUCCUCAGCUUGUGGGUCUGACUGAUAAGCGUGUCGUAGUGCUGCUCAGCGGGAGAGUAGAAAUGCCCGAAACUGAUCACUCAGUUUUUCAUUAGCCUAUUUUUUACUGAAUAAAUGAAUCCAAAUGGCUGCAGCAGUUCCAGAAGGAAGGAUUCUGAUUUGUCAGAGCAUUGGACAGGAUUAUGGGGAUCUCACUGAAGGGGCUAUUAUUUAAUUAGUGUAUUAACACUUGUGUUAACAGCUGGCAAACAUCAAGUGCCAGUUUACUACAUGGGAUGAGUGGAAGGAAAUUUCUGAAAGCUGUAGUCUGGGUUUUAAUCUGGGUCUUAAUCUAUAAUCUGACCCAAGACACCUGUAUUGCAAUAGUAUAAAUGGAGUCAUGUUUUGUGCUGGUAAAUUUCUCCUUUUUGGAUUCAUUUUAGCUGUUCUUGGUCACAUCCCAUCUUUAUUACUAUCUGGUUUUUAUAUGGGAAAUCAUGCAUCCCAUAUUUGCCUGUGGUACUUUAAACAGUAUAAUUUAGAAGACAAAUCUGGCAGUAUAUUCAGGAUGCAUUAAGGCAAAUGUAAAUUAUAUUUACAAUUAGACGUAUUUUUCAAAUGGCCUGCUUAGUUAAAACUAUUUAAAGUAGAACACUUCAAAUUACAGUGCGUCAUAUAUUUAUUUUUAAAUAGACGAUUUGUGUACUGAUACUAAAUUUUCCUUGUUUUAGUUAUUUUUAGAUUCUGCAGCAUAAUGGAGACAUACAGUAUAUUUUAACUCCCUUAGAACUGGGAUCUUGAUUGGUGUGCCGGUAUUGUACAGUAUAGUAUCAUUCCCAUGUAUGUCCUUUUCUGCUCUGAAUUAAUAAUCACAUUCAGCGUAUUUCAGGAGUCCUCAGCAAAGCACAAUUAAUCUUGAAUCUCCUGCCUUUGUCAGCACCUCUUGUAGCUUGUCAUCCUUUUUUUGAACAUAUGCAGGCGACUUUAGCAAUACCACCAAUUAGAAUUCCGGCAGGAUCCGUCAGUCACCAUGUACACUCAGACUGCCUUCGUAUGAUCAAGAGAAUGUUUCUCACCUAUUCUCAUUCUAAUGUAAAUCCUGUAAACUCAA